ACUGCCAAUGUUUGUUUACAUCUUACAUCUCGACGCACAUCCAAAUAGUACAAGCCGUGUAAAUGUAUUAAUUGUGCAAAAUACUAAAUUCUACAACAUGGACCGCUGUCGACUAUGUCUGGAUCGUCAGGGAAGUACGGUUCGGAUGCAAGAUGCAACUUUUUGUGAAAUAUUGGAAAGGAUCUUUAACAUGCAGUUUGCAGAACAUGAUUUUCUACCCCAAAUGGUAUGUGAUAUUUGCCUAGGAAAGGUUCAGGAGUAUAAUGCGUUUUUAGAGCAAGUUGUACGGGCACAGGAGCUACUGCAAAUUGAACACAAAACUGCUGAAAAUAGUCAUACUGUUGAAGCCGAAUGUAAUGUAAAUGAGCGCGAUUCGGAGGAGAUUAUUAAACCAGCAGUUGAGCAGGAAGGGCUAAAUUGGAACUGUGACGAUGCACCUUCCAUUACAAAAGGCCAUACGAAUACCAAAAGAAAUGAAGACAAUUUCCUGCCUCAAAAGAAGAACAAAGAAUCAGCUACCGAGCAAGCCGAGUGCAAAAAGGCUAAGGAUGUGGAUGAUUGCGAUGAAACGGAAUCGUCUGACGCUGAAGACAUCCAGGGUCAGAAAUUGGAUAAAACGGAUAUCAAUUCGGCAAACAAGCGAAUGGAAGACAAUAAUCUGAUCAGAGAAUUUUUCUCCAUGGUGUGCGAGAUAUGCUCGAAAGAGUUCUCCACCUUCCAACGGCUACAGACGCACUCCCGGAAGGUGCACAAAGUACGCGGAUUUAUCGCUUGCUGUAAUCAAAAGUUUUUCCGCACGUUCCGGGUACUGGACCACAUAGCGUUCCACGUCAAGCCGGACGCCUUUCGAUGUGAGCUGUGCCAGAAAAACUAUCGCAGCCGGUACACGCUGCGGCAGCACAUCAAAAUGCACCAUGGUGAGCCGAAGGAUCGACCCUUUAAAUGUGACCAAUGUCACCAAUCGUACGAGAAGCGCUAUCAGCUAAAAUCGCACGUCCUGCGUCACGUUCAGGCUCCGUGCCAUCUUUGCGGCAAGACGCUGUCCAGCGAACAGGCAUUGCGUGUCCACAUUAGCCAUAUGCAUGGUACCGACGAGCGGCAAAUCUGCGACACGUGCGGCAAAUCGUUUCGAACCAAGGCCGCACUGGAACGGCACGUCCGUAGCCACCUUGGGCAGGAGGUGGUAGAAAAGCUGCAGUGUCCCGAAUGUGGGGUGUGGGUUAAUGGGGCCCGCGGUCUUAAAAAUCACACACGCAACGUACAUCCGGGCAAGGACGAAGUGUAUGAGUGCGAUAUUUGCCAGCAGCGGUGCAAAAACGCCACCACCUUGUACCAGCAUCGAAAAGGGGUUCAUGCGCAGGACAAGUUCGAGUGUGAGUUUUGCGGUAAACGGUUCAAGCGCAAGAUAUACCUGAAGGAGCACCGGGCACUGCACACCGAGCAGUCGCUCUACUCCUGCAGCGUGUGUGAUUUGAAGACUAAUUCAAAUGCGAAUAUGUACGCGCACAUCAAGCGAAAACAUCCAGUGGAAUGGCAGGAAGCGCAACAGCGCAAACAGCUGGCCGCAGCGGCAUCUGCCGGGAAAUCGACAACAGCAGUGAAUCCAACGGCGUAGACAGGAGAGAAUGAUAUAGUUGACUGAAACGCCUGUUUCAAGUCAGCCGUUUUGUUUUGUAAUAUUUAAGCACAGUAGUAAUAGUUUAGUAAAUAGAAUGUAGAUAAGUAUAGAAGUGGAUAGUAUAAAUUGAGUUUGAUGUGUCCUAACCGGCCAAUAAAAUUGCUAUCCGAACGUUUAAAAUACUAAGUGCUUUCUACUAUUCCACCAUGGCUCAGUAUGGGUCUUUCAGACAUGUAACUAUUUCUGAUAACCUGAUCGGUGGACCCAAAUGGAAAAGACUAAUUACGCUAGGCUAGGAGACAUGGAAAGAGAUGGUCAAGUUUGCUCGUUCUACUUGGACUUCUGCGAUCGGCUCGGCGCGUUAUCCUUCCCCAUAACGGUCAAAUCCCUUCUGGAGCUGGUCUAAAAAAAUUCUUCCAAUUUUUAAUUUCCCGAAUUGUCCCUUUCUCGUUUCUGGUCUCAUCUAACUUCUUCGCUCUUUUUGUUGGCAAAUACUAUUCCCGUACAUCUUACCCCCUGUUUUCAAGUACUUGGCCAGCAAUUGUCCAAUCGACCGAGCCUAUUUGGUUCGGGGGAUUUAGUGUGCUUGGACUCUAAUUUUGCCUUCUGUGUACACAUCUGGAUCCAUGGUAAGUUAGCAAUUUUACGGUCUCUUGGACUGGUUGAACUAUUUUCAUCACCGCAUCUAAAUCUACUAUGCUGUAAGGCACUUUACCGGCAGACAGGUUUGUUCUUUGACCUACAUCUUAAUGUAUACCUUGUACAUCUUCUGCUUCAUGUGCCUGUAAUCCGUUGGUGUAGAUUGUCCAUAACCAAACUUUGCAUAUUAAUUGCAGAACUUCCUCUAAUGUUAUAAUCUCUAACAAUUUACUAAUUGUGAUAAUCUGUACCCAAACAUCAUAGCCCAUAUAUUGUUUGAUUAAAUGCUUUAUUUAUUAUAUUAGCAUUCCAGCAGUUUGUAUAAUCUGUUUUAUACCUCAUUUCAUCAAAUAUAUUCAUAUCUGUUAUUAAUGACUAUAUGUAUGUCUGUGUGUGUAUAUAUAUAUUUUGUUUAAAUGAUUUGCACACUGCCGCAUUAGUAGAAAUUAAAAACAAAUAAAUAAGCAAAAGCGAAAUGUUUGCUCACGUCGCACAACAACAAUGAUGAAAGCGAAGCAGUGAAUGUACCGGGCGGGCGCACGCUGCGCACGCACAGCGCGAAUGCAUAAAAUCCAUACUCGCGCGGAUGCUACAAGAUAUGCAAAUGGAUUAACUUUUUGUUUGUUUGUUGUUGCCGUCCUCUACAUAUAUAUGUUAACAACGAAUGGGAGUUCAUAUUUCCAUUUUUAGUAUGCAAGUUUCAGUACAACAAAUGCUUGAUUGACCGACCCCUUGUGGUAAUGGUAUGUGAGCGUAAUGUUAAACACAAAAGUAACGCGGAAACGAUCGUGUCGUUCCGUUCUGCACGUUAUAUGGCACGCGGUGUGAUUAAUCAGUGUGGUCAAGGGAAGCAUUGAUAAACGAAUAAAAAAAGAAACGAUUGAAUAAAAUCCAUUGCGGACCACGCUGCCCUCACACUCUCUUAUUUGGCAAUAAUGCACAUAUUUACUAACUGAACGGGAGGUAUUGUAGGUCAUCGUGAGGGAGAGCAGCGGUUUGAUUUUGCAAUCUGGCCGCGAUGCGCACAUUUAGUCAAACAAAGGAAGGGAUUCGCUGUGACUAGCUUCGAAAUUAAUUGCAUUACACUCCGGAAGCUUUCAUUCUGCAGGCAAUAGGUGCAGAGAUGCGAUUUUGGUUUUAGCGUUGUGUCUUUGUAUAUUAGCAGUUUAGAGCCUGGGUUGUAUAUCCUACGCCUAAGAUGUACAUUCAUCAUGGGUCAUGGUAACAAUACUCAUGCAAAGUAAGCGAAUAAAAAAAGAAAAAAGGGAAAUAGCUUCCAGUGCAAGCAAAAGGUUUCGCUUUGGUAGGCAUUUUAGCCGUAGCCGAACAGCAACCUGUACCCUAUUGUAACGAAUCGCAUUGCUUUGUACUGCAUUCGAGCACGAUUUUUUUCGCGACACUUUUUCCUAACAUUAUUAACGUCGAACAGAGGAAACAAUACGAAACGAAAACAAAAAAAA